GACAAAACCCGGUGUUUUUCACCACUCGGCAGAUCUGCGAGUUUGACUGAUCAGCUGUUUCAGUCUGCUACACUGUACCGGUGCCGGUUUCAUUUGCCGAAUAUAUAAUCCGCCUGUCACCAAUUCAUCGUGUGUUUGACAGGUCGUUAUGGAUAAGGACAAUCGAAAGCGUCUCAUUGAGUCUGUUUUGGGCCCCGAUGACGGCUGCAGGACUCCAGAGAAGAGGGUGUCGGUGCUUCACCAGCCGGAUUUCGACUACAUGCAUUGGGAUGUUGAGCGAACCUGUCGGUACCUGCGAGAAACAGGACUCGGACAAUGGGAGGACACAUUUAGAGCACAAAAGAUCACAGGCAUUGGGCUGCGGUACCUCAAGGAUGCAAAUCUGGAGAAGAUUGGCAUAAAGUGUCUUGGUGACCGCAUGCAGAUCUUACACAGCCUCAGGAAAUUGUGGUUAAUAGAAACUGAGCCAAACAAGGUGUUCAAUGAUCCGAUCCACGGACAUGUUGAGUUACACCCUGUCCUCAUCAAAAUCAUUGACACACCUCAGUUCCAGAGACUGCGAUACCUCAAACAGCUUGGAGGGACGUACUUUGUUUUCCCUGGAGCUUCCCACAACCGUUUUGAACAUAGCCUUGGGGUUGGUUAUUUGGCUGGACAACUUGUUCAAGCUCUGAAUGAGAGGCAGCCAGAACUCCUCAUCUCUCGCAGAGAUAUCCUUUGCGUGCAGAUCGCUGGACUCUGCCACGACCUUGGACAUGGACCCUUUUCUCACAUGUUCGAUAACAUGUUUAUCCCUAAAGCCCGGCCAGGACUUUCACCCCGCUGGAAGCACGAAACUGGCUCCCUGGGCAUGUUUGACUAUCUGGUGGAAGACAAUAAGCUGAAGCCUGUAUUGGAGGAGUUCGGCCUGGUGCUGCCCCAGGACCUGGACUUUAUUAAGGAGCAGAUCGCUGGACCACUCACCACUCCAGAAGGCGAGGAGUGGCCGUACAAAGGUCGUCCUGCGGAAAAGUCCUUCCUCUAUGAAAUCGUGGCCAACAAGAAGAAUGGCAUCGAUGUGGAUAAGUGGGACUACUUUGCCAGGGACUGCUAUCACUUGGGCAUCCAGAACAACUUUGACUAUCGGCGCUACCUAAAAUUUGCACGGGUGUGUGAGUGGGACGGACAAAAGCACAUCUGCACUAGAGACAAGGAGGUGGGAAAUCUGUAUGACAUGUUCCACACAAGGAACUGUCUGCACAGAAGAGCCUACCAGCACAAAGUGAGCAACAUCAUAGAAACUAUGAUCACAGAAGCUUUUUUAAAAGCAGAUCCGCACAUCCAGAUCGAAGGCUCAGGAGGAAAGCUGUUCACUCUCUCCACGGCCAUAGAUGACAUGGUGGCCUACACCAAGGUGACAGAUCAUGUGUUUGAACAGAUACUCCACUCCUCCUCACCAGAGCUGGCUGAGGCUCGCCAGAUAUUGCACAAAAUCACCUGCCGUCAACUCUACAAAUGCCUCGGGGAAACGAAGCCCGAUAAAGCCAUGCCUGUCACCAAGGACAAUAUUCAGAGCUGGGAGGCGGAUUUGGCUCGAUCCAUCCCUCAGAGUGGCACCUUGGAUGUCAGUCUGCAGCCUGAGGACUUUAUCGUCGAUGUCAUUUCUAUGGACUACGGUAUGAAGGAGAAAAACCCCAUCAACAAUGUGCGCUUCUACUGCAAGAAGGACUUAAGCAAAGCUAUCCAGAUACGCAAAAACCAGGUCUCUAAACUUCUUCCGGAGCACUUUGCUGAGCAGCUGAUCAGGGUGUACUGCAAGAAGACAGAUGAUAAGAGCAUUGAUGCUGCUAAGAAGCAUUUUGUUCAGUGGUGCAUGGACAGGAACUUCUCAAAACCUCGGGAUGGAGACAUAAUAGCACCUGAGCUGACUCCCCUGAAAGCCAGCUGGUGCAACAACAACGAAGGCGAGGAAAGUGAUGAAGGCGGGUCGAAAGAAACAAACAGAGCUCCAAUGAAUGGACGCAAGCAACUUUUUAAGUAAGGGGCAGAGUUUGAGCAGCCUCUAUUUGCAUGUAGACAAAAGAUGAGUCCAAAUUAUAUUUUUCCACAAGGUGAGUAUGUUACUGAGCUUAGUUAACGUUUUUUGUUUUAUACCAAAAAAAUGCUUUAUUUAAAAGACCCAGGGACUUAUUUAUGAAAAUGUUUGUU